GGCGGAGCGUGCCUGGCCCCGGUGGCGACCUCAGACGCCGCGAUGGCGGCGGAGGCCGCGGAGCCUCCGUGCGGGCUCUGCAGCGCCUCCGUGGCUCCCUACACGUGCCCGCGCUGCCACAGCCGCCUCUGCUCCCUGCGCUGCUACCGCACCCACGGCCCCUGCGCCGAGGCCUUCUACCGCGAUCAGGUUCUUGAGGCGCUACGCGCCGAGCGCAAUUCUCCCCGGGGCCCCACGCCGCCCGGGCUGCGGGAACUACGCGAGCCCGCGGAUCCAGCGCGGCCUGCAAGCCGCAGGCUGUGGGAACAGCUCAGCGAGGCGGAGCGCGACGGGUUCCGGCAGCUGCUGAGCUCCGGGGAGGCCGCGGCGCUGCUGCCGCAGUGGCGGCCGUGGUGGUGGCGCGGGCGGGGGCAGGUGGAGGAGCUCGGAAAAGGCUCGGGGACCGAGGAGGACGAUGAGGAGGGCGGCGAAGACCGGCCCGGCCCCGCGCCGCCCGUCCCGGCCUCGGUGCCCCCGCUGAGCGCCCUCCGCGCUGCGCCCCCGUCGCCCUUGGUGCGGUUCCAGCUGCCGAACGCGCUGUUCGGCUACGCCUUCGCCUUGAGCCUGCACGGCGGAGACGAGACGCUGCUGCCCGAGCUCCCCGAGGCCGCCAUCGCCGCCUCGGCCGCGCUCCGCGACCGCCGCCCCUUCGCCAGCACGGCCGAGGCGCUGCUGAGCGCCCGGCGCGACGCCCGCGCCGCGGGGCUGCCCCUGAGCCCGCUCGGCGACAGCGGGGCGCUCCUGGCUGUCGCGCAGCUGCUGGAGGGUCGCGAUAGUCGCGACCCCGGCGCCGACGUGGCGGCGGCUUUGUGGCACCUGUGGCGGCUGCUGAAGGCGGGGGCGCGGGCGCUGCCGCCCCCCGAGCGGAGCCGCUUCCGAGGGGCGCGCAGGAAGGUGGGGUUCCUGCUGAGCUGGAGCCGGGGGGCCCCUGAGGAGCUCGCCCAGCUCGCCCGGGAGGUGCGGGGAGUUCACGCCGAGGUGGCCGCGGAGGAGGCGGCGGUGGCCGAAAUCAGGGAGGGGCUGGAGAAGGUCUGGGGAGGUCCCCGGCCGCCCCCCAGGGAGGAGCAGGUGGAUCGGGUUCCCUGGCUGGUCAGGGAGGGGGUUGAGGAGGUUUUCGGGGAUCCCCGGCCGCCCGCGGCUGACAAGGGGCGGCAGGGUCGGCAGCUGAUCGAGGAGCUGGACUGAGAUGGGCAGAUGGCAAAGAAACAGCCCGGGAGAGAAUCCGCUGGUCAAGGGACAGAACUGAUUAACGUUCGGGAAAGCUGCUCGUUAAGGAACAGGCCUAAUGAAUGUCCAGCGAAGCCCUGCCAGGAGUGACUGUUAAGCGAUGGGACUGAGCGAUCCUGGCUCGUUAAGGGGUGGGACGAACCAACAUCCCGAAACCCGAGAAAUGGCACUCUUUAAGGAACAGGGCUCAUCAAGGAUGGGAAUUAACGAGACCCCCCCGGGAAGUGGGUUCAGGAGAGAACCUGCUCGUCAGUGACCCAGACCAAGGAACCAGGCCCAGAACCGCUCAUUAAGGGCCAGGACUAAAGGACAUCCCACAAACCAGUCCCAGGAAUGACAAUCACCAAGGAGUGAGACUCAUAAAUGACUAGUGAUAUACCAUUAGGAGAGGCCCUGAAUUAAUUAAGGGUCUGGGCUAAUGAAGUGCUGGUGAAAGUGGCCCGGGAAAAGCUGUGCAAUAAGGGAUGGGAAUAACCAGAUCCCAAAGGAACCAGAGACCCUUCUUGUUCAUAAUUGGCCAAAGAACAUCUAGGAAUAAACUGACCCCUCACAA